GAAUUACUGAGCCCCGUAGAGAAGUACCUGGACUUUCUGAAGUUCUUUCUCUAGAAGCGUCUUCUUGAACAAAAUAACAGUUUUUGACAUUGUAAUCUAUUGCAAAUAAACACAUCAAGAUGGGUAAACCGGAAGGCAAGGGCGGGGGCAAGGUCGACCCCCGUUUCGCCGCCAUGCACAGCGACCCGCGCUUCCAGCGCUUUCCCAAGCAGAAGAACAAAGUGGUGGUGGACAAGCGCUUCGCAGGCAUGUUUGAGGACCCUGAGUUCCAGGCGCGCUCGGCAGUGGACAAGCGCGGCCGCAAGAUUGAGGACAAGAAGCGCAAUGAGGACCUGAAGCGCUACUACCGCUUGAAGGACGAGGACGAGUGGCGGGAGACCGGCGGCGAAGGUGCCGGCGAGCCGGGCUCUGAGGAGCCCGCGGGAGCUGAUGCCAGCGAGGAGGAGCCCCAGCAGCAGCUGCAGGCUAAGGGUGCUAAGCAGGCGAAGGGCGGCAAGCACAAGGAGGUGGCCGCGCCGGGCAAGGCGGGCGCUGCAGUAGCGGCAGCGGGCAAAGGCAAGGACCAGAAGCAGAAGCAGCAGAAGGGCGCUGCGGCGGCGGUAGCGGCGGCGGCGCCACAGGGCGUCAAGGGCAAGGGCAAAGGCAAGCCCGCUGCGCGGGAGCUGGCACCACCCUCUGAGUCUGAGGAAGAGGAGGAGGGGGAGGAGGCAGAGGCGCUGGAGGGCGUGGCGCUUGAUGAGGAUGAGAUGGAGGAGGACACCGAUGACAAUGCGGAUGCUGAGGGCGAGGACGAGGAGGAGGAGGACGAGGAGGGCGGCAGCGAGGACGACGAGGAGGCAAAGGCGCAGUUGCGUUGGGCGCGCGCUCGCGGCAUGAUCGCCUCGGACAGCGAGGACGGCGAGGGCGGCGAGGCCGAGGAGUACGACUCGGCGGAUGAGCCGCUCACGGACGAGGAGGAGGCGUUCGGGGAGGACGGCGAGGCGGCGGGGCCGGGGCUGGACCCGGCGGAGUGGGGCGCCGGAGCCAACGCGCUCAACCCGGAUGAGGAGAUCCCGCCGCAGGAGGAGACGCGCAGGCUGGCGCUGGUGGACCUGGACUGGGACCACGUGCGGGCGGUGGAUGUGUUGGUGGUGCUGCGCUCCUUCCUGCCCAAGGGCGGGGUGAUCGAGCGAGUGACGGUGUACCCGUCCGACUACGGGCUGCAGCGCAUGGCGGAGGAGGCGGCGCUGGGGCCCACGAUGAUUCUGAGGCCGGGUCAGGCCAAGGCCGCUGCCAACGGCGCCAACGGCGCGGGCGGCGCCGACUCCAAGGACGGCGGCAGGAAGGGCGGAAGGGCGGGGGCGGCCAAGGCGGAUGACGAGGAUAACGGCGCCGAGGUGGACAAGAAGCGCCUGGCCGCGUAUGAGAAGUCCCGACUGAGGUACUACUACGCCAUUGUGGAGUGCGACUGCAUCGCCACGGCACUGCAGCUGUACAACGAGUGCGACGGACUGGAGUUCGAGCGCUCCGCAUGCAAGUUCGACAUGCGCUUCGUGCCGGACGAGCAGAGCUUCGCGGGCCGCCAGGUGCGCGACGCCGCCACCGAGGUCCCCGCCGACUACGAGCCGCCCGCCACCUUCAACAUCAGCCUGCAGCACACAGACCCCAAGCUGUCAUGGGACGCCGAGGACCCGGAGCGAAAGCGCAAGCUGCAGGGCCGGCGCCUCAAGACGGACGAGGAGCUGCGGGAAGCUGACUUUGCCGCCUACCUGGGCAGCGAUGAUGACGGCGACGACGAUGACGAGGAGGAGGAGGCCGCGGCGGCCGGCGGGGGCGGCAAGGGCGGCAAGGAGGACGCGGAGGCGCUGCGUGCACGCUACAGGGCGCUAUUGCUGGGCGAGGCCACGGAGGACAAGUCCGUGGGGCGCGUGGGCGGCAAGAGCUGGGGGGACGACGAGGAGGAGGACGACGAGGCGGCCGAGGGUGACCAGGACGGGGAGGAGGAGGCCGGCGGCCGGGGGCGGCGGGCAGGCGGCGCCUCUGGCGAGCCCAGCACGAGCGGGCGACAGGCGGCGAAGGCGGGCCGUGGCGCGGCGGCAGCGGCGUCGGCUGGUGCAGCAGGCGCCGGCGGCAAGAAGAAGAAGGGCGACGUGGACAUGGUGGUCACCUUCCACGGCGGGCUCGAGGGACUGGGCGAGCGGCUGAAGAAAAAGAAGGAGGAGGAGCGAGCGCGGGCGGGAGAGACGGUGUGGGAGGCCUACCUGCGCAAGAAGAAGGAGAAGCGCGCGCAGCGCAAGGCGCAGGGCCGGCUGCGCAACCUCUCAGACAGCGAGGACUCGGACGACUACAUCUCGGGCUCGGAGGAGGAGGACGAGGAGGGCGGCGGCCGCGGCCGCAAGGGCAGGGACGCCAAGAAGGCGGCCGGGAAGAAGGGGCGCGGGGCCGGCGGCAGCGACGACGAGGACGGCGAAGGCAUGUAUGGGGACGUGCCGGAUGACGACCCCUUCUUUAGCUCGGGCGGUGACGGCGGCGACGACCCGUUCUCGGAUCCCUUCUUCAACCAGGACGGCGAUCCCGGCGCGCCAGCGGCGGGUGGCCUCGGCUCUGAAGACGAGGAAGAGCAGGAGGAGGGCGACGGCGCGGGGCGGAGAGGCAAGGGCGGCAAGAAGGACAAGCAGGACAAGGGCGGGAAGGACGGCAAGAAGGGCGGCAAGAAGAGCGCGGAGGCCGGCGACAAACAGUCGGCAGCCGACCUGGAGCUGCUGCUGAUGGACGACGGCGCGCUGCGGGACGCCGCCCGGGGCGUGAAGAGCCGCGUGCUGCCGGCGGGGCACGACGCGGCGGAGGCGGGCAAGCGCAAGCUCACAAAGAAGGAGAAGCGCGAGCAGAAGAAGGAGGCGAAGCGCAAGGCGCGCGCGGGCAGCGACGAGGAGGACGCGGCGGGCGAGGAGGCGGGCGCGGGCUUUGAGGUAAACCUGUCGGACCCGCGUUUCUCCGACAUGUUCCGUAGCGCCGAGUACGCGCUGGACCCCACAGACCCGCGCUUCAAAAAGAUGCAGGCGAGAGACCAGGUGCUCACAGAGGUGGCCAAGCGGCGGAGCCAGCAGCCGCAGCAGCCGGCGCCAGGAGCGGGCAAGCAGGGGAGCAAGCAGCAGUCCGCGGCGGGACCCGACGGAGGGCCGCCGCAGACAGGCGCCAGCGGCGGUGGCGCCGACCUCCGCGCUAUGGUCGCGAAGCUGAAGCGCAAGGCUGAGGUGCAGCAGGACAAGGACCGGGCGCAGGCGCUGGGCAAAGGGGCGGGCAAGAAGGCAAAGCUGUAGUUUGGAGGAUGUGAGUAAAUAGUAAGAGUGUGAGCACUGGACGAGAGUCGAGAGGUGCUCAAUGCAAGAGAGCCGAGAGAGGCUGAAUGCAAGAGAGCCGGCGAGCGCAAGAGCAGGAGAGAAUGGUGUAAGUUUUGGCGGGA